AUGCCAAUCCGAAUGGAUGACGGCCACCAUCAGAUGUUCAUCAAUGUGAAGCGGGUUCUUUGCGAGGAAGCUCACAGCCUGCAGCAUAUUCAACACAUAGUGAGCAUGGUUGUCCGCAAUUACCGAUCCUACUUCUCGUGUCGUCACGCUCUCUUUAAACCACUCAUGAACGCUGUUCGUCGUGUCAUAAGCACUCCGAAUUCUGCAAUGGAUGGGGUGAUGACUCGAAAAUUGGCGUUGGAUAUGUGCGAGAUGGUAAUUAAGUGGGAGUUGCUGCGUUUGCAAAAGGUUGAACAGUUGACGCAAGGCCUUCCAUCACACGAUGAUGAGUUUGAGUCAUUACUGAAUGACCAGGAGGCAUCGCGACCGGCAGCUCCACAGUCAAGCGGCAUUCCAACAAGCAGUGCAGGUGGUGAUUUUGACGACCAGUUGUACAAACAAAUGUCAAAAGAAUGUGUAGAUGAAGUAGUAGCCAUGCUCCUGAAGUUUGCUAUCCAGCCCACAACUGGGGUGCAGCCGCACCAGUUGCAUCAAGCGACGGUCGAGAACGGGAAGCGAAGUAUAGGCCUAAUGAAGCAGUGCCUCAAGUCCGCUGUUUGGGGAGAUAUUGUGACUAUCAAAGUCGGAUGGCUUGAGAAAGAGCUAACGGUACCACCAGAGUCCUUGGUACGGCAGGAAAAUCAGGCACAGUUCGCUCAAUCAAUAUCGCAGUCUCAGCAAGCGCUCGAAGGCCACAGUUCGCCCAAUCAAUAUCGCAGUCUCAGCAAGCGCUCGAAGUGGUGA